AUGGAACGCCUCUUCUCCGACGGCGACGAUGACCUAUUCACAGCAGACACCCUCACAACGCGGUACGUCCAUGUGCCGCUCUCCUCCGGCUACGCCCAUGACAAGGUUAUCCUCUUCGACGCCAUCUGCAGCGCCAUCCAAGCCGGCCGCUGCGAGAUCUAUUCCUCGCGUAACCUAGAGAAUACCACUUCUGGGUUCAUGAUCGAGGUCCAGGCUCGAUUCUCCGAGCCGGGGGCAGUUCGGCGUGCGGCGUACCAUAUUGCGCAACGGCAUCUGGAGUUUCAUAGAAUGGAGAUGCAUAGUAGGACGCAGACGAGGCUGGCGGAGAAGUGUCUGGCUAGUUUGAGUUUGGAGGAUGCAGGAGGGAACAAAAUGGGCCUCCUCGAACUCAUCCAAUACCUCCGCGGCGAAGAACCGGCAGGAUACACCUGGUACGUCCACUUCCCCCUUCACGGCGACCCACUAACCAAAAGCGAAAUCCUUCACACGGCGGUCCAGGAAAUGCGCCACGAGAAAACAACUCUGUGGUCCUCUCGAGGCGCAGCGCCCAACAAGGGGAUGCUGAUGAAAGUAAUUGAGGUGCUCAAGGCCGCUGGGACGGUCCUCGAGCGGCGGCUGCAGGAUGCGAAGAUGUCGCUUGAGCGGAUUCUUCAGAGGGAUAAUGAUAAGAGGGCGGAUAACUAUGUUACCAAGUUGACGAGCGAUUUGGCUGCGUUGUCUAUGGAUGGGUAA